AAUAUAUAAGGGGGAAGCAGCAUCGUUAACCGUAACGUCCUCACUCCGCUCUCUUCUUCUUCCAUUUCUCCUCGGUCCCCGGAUGGCGGAGCUCUCGGAGACGUACGCGUGCGCGCCCUCGACGGAGCGCGGCCGCGGGAUCCUGAUCUCCGGCGACCCAAAGACCAACUCCAUCGUCUACACCAACGGACGGUCGGUGAUCAUCCGCCGCCUCGACGCCCCCCUGGAGGCGUCCAUCUACGGUGAGCACGCCUACCAGGCCACUGUCGCCCGCUUCUCCCCUAACGGCGAGUGGGUCGCCUCCGCCGACGUCUCCGGCACCGUCCGGAUCUGGGGCCGUCACGGCGACCGCGUCCUCAAGAACGAGUUCCGCGUCCUCUCAGGCCGCAUCGACGACCUCCAGUGGUCCCCCGACGGCCUCCGGAUCGUCGCCUCCGGGGACGGCAAGGGAAAGUCCUUCGUCCGCGCUUUCAUGUGGGAUUCAGGCACCAAUGUUGGGGAAUUUGAUGGACACUCGAGGAGGGUAUUGAGUUGUGCAUUUAAGCCAACCAGACCAUUCCGCAUUGUCACUUGUGGAGAAGAUUUCCUGGUUAAUUUCUAUGAAGGGCCACCAUUUAAAUUCAAGCUCUCUCAAAGGGAACACUCAAACUUUGUUAAUUGUGUACGGUUUUCUCCUGAUGGAACUAAGUUUAUUAGUGUCAGCUCAGAUAAGAAGGGUAUAAUAUAUGAUGGAAAGACAGGAGAAAAGAUUGGAGAGUUGUCCAUGGAGGAUGGCCACAAAGGAAGCAUAUAUGCUGUUAGCUGGAGCACUGAUAGUAAACAAGUCCUGACAGUUUCUGCUGACAAAACUGCCAAAAUAUGGGAGAUUAUGGAGGAUGGAAACGGGAAAGUGAAAAGAACAUUGGCUUCUCCUGGCUCAGGUGGAUUGGAUGACAUGCUUGUUGGUUGCCUGUGGCAGAAUGACCAUCUUGUCACAGUUUCUCUUGGUGGUAUGAUAAACAUAUAUUCAGCAAGUCAUCCAGAUAAAACGCCAAUUUCAUUUUCUGGACAUAUGAAGAGCAUCACUGCUUUAGCUUGUACUCUUCAAAGUGGUGAGAAAGUAAUCUUGUCCAGCAGCUAUGAUGGUGUUAUUAUACGAUGGAUACAGAGCAUUGGAUAUGGUGGUAGGUUGGUGAGAAAGGAUAAUACUCAAAUUAAAUGUUUUGCUGCAGUUGAAGAAGAGCUUGUUACAGCGGGUUUUGACAAUAAGGUCUGGAGGAUUCCUCUAAACGGAGACCAAUGUGGCAAUGCAGAACCAGUUGAUGUCGGCUCUCAGCCGAAGGAUUUAAACCUUGCAGUUCAGAUCCCUGCACUUGCUUUGGUUUCUACUGAUUCAGAAGUUAUCAUGCUGCGGGGUUUACAAGUAGUUUCAACCAUUAAACUUGGGUAUGGUGCAACAGCAUCAACAAUUUCCCCUAAUGGAAGUGAGGCCAUUGUUGGUGGUCAAGAUGGAAAACUGCAUAUUUAUAGCAUCGAUGGAGACAGUCUUAAGGAAGAAGCAGUUCUUGACAAACACCGAGGUAGUAUUACUGUAAUACGUUACUCUCCAGAUGCUUCCAUGUUUGCUUCAGCAGAUGCUAACCGAGAAGCUGUGGUAUGGGAUUGUGUAUCUCGAGAGGUGAAGCUAAAGAACAUGUUGUACCACACUGCCCGCAUAAACUGCCUGGCAUGGUCUCCCGAUAGCCGUUUGAUUGCUACUGGCUCACUAGACACUUGUGUGAUCAUAUAUGAAGUGGAUAAGCCUGCAUCAAGCCGAAUAACAAUCAAAGGAGCCCACCUUGGAGGAGUGUAUGGAUUAACUUUCAGUGAUGAAAACAGUGUGGUGAGUGCAGGGGAGGAUGCAUGUGUCCGUGUGUGGAGACUGGUGCAGUAGUGAAACACUUUAGCAUGACCUGGUGUGGCUUUAUCAACGAGUAAGCAGUUUGCUUUGCAGUUUCUUGUCAUCGGUUUUGCUUGUUACAAUGUCUGAUCACUUGUAUUAAUGAAGGGGUUAAAUAUGUCAGAGGGCUACAUCUCAUGGUAAUGUUCAUUGAUGGUUAGAUGGAGCUAGGGUUUCUCUCAUGCCUGGAUUACUGGUGUGCUAGCAGGGUUGCCAUUUCUGAAAGACUAGCUUGUUCCAUGUUUACAUAAGGCCAUUAUUGCUCUAUCAAAACCCAUGGAUUUUGACAUCCAAGGCAGCGAGCUUGAGGUGCAUCUUGACGAGAUGUGAUGGUUUGUAAAAUCUGUUCGUGGUGUUGUUGCUGUUUUUUGUCUUUUGUUUUUUUUUUUUUAAAUCUUUGAUCACUAUCGGCUGUCUUAACCAUUGGUCUCUGUGUUUGUGUGUCUGUGUUAAAGUGCACGUGUCUCUGGAAUUUGCCGUGAAAUCUGUUCAUCUUUGAAGGCCGGAAGAACCUUCAGUGUGGGAAUUGCAGCAGCUGCUUUUCUGUGCUUUCUUGCCAAAACCAAUGGCAUGAAAUAAAGCCAUCUAGUUUUUUAUAGAAACAUGAGUUAAGAUUGUUUAGUAUGGCUUUGUUUUGCAUUGAUAUAGGCAGCAGAGCUUUCAUCUAUGGAGCUUUUAACAAUAAAGCUUUUGAUAAAAAAUUAUUUAUUAUUUGAUAAUUAUAUUUGUGUAGUGCAGUAGAACUUGAAUAAA